AUGGGAAGGUGGCGGCAUGGGAAGGUGGCGGCAUGGGAAGGUGGCGGCAUGGGAAGGUGGCGGCAUGGGAAGGUGGCGGCAUGGGAAGGUGGCGGCAUGGGAAGGUGGCGGCAUGGGAAGGUGGCGGCAUGGGAAGGUGGCGGCAUGGGAAGGUGGCGGCAUGGGAAGGUGACGGCAUGGGAAGGUGGCGGCAUGGGAAGGUGGCGGCAUGGGAAGGUGGCGGCAUGGGAAGGUGGCGGCAUGGGAAGGUGGCGGCAUGGGAAGGUGGCGGCAUGGGAAGGUGGCGGCAUGGGAAGGUGGCGGCAUGGGAAG